UCUUCAGUCCUUUAUUGAGCUUCACCGUGUGCGGUUGUGCAGCUGGAGCGCCGCGAUUCCUGAAAAAAAUUACGAUUUGGUUUUCAAUCGUGCUGAGUGACUUCUAGUGAAUUUUCUGUGAUCGUGAUAUUUAUUGACAAUAGUGACUGGAACGGAGCGUAGUGCCGAGCGGAAUUCCAGAUAUUUCUAUAGUUGAGGCUAAUGGAUCCCAACAAGACGAGUUGAGCUUCUAAGUGAAACAUGAAGCGCACCGCCAUUGCGUUUUGGCGCGAACUGCCAAUCGCUGUCACAUUUGCCUUUGUGACAUUGGUAUGCGCCGUUUCAGCCAGGGAUAUUGUAUUAGACGAUGACUAUACAGUAGUCGAAGCAACUACAAAUGAGAGACUUCGACUAAUUUGCGGGCUAAAGCCAAGAAAUCAGAUGCCAGCAGUUCGGUGGUUCUUUGACGGUAAACCAAUUGAAAAUCAGGGAAAAAACCGGCUUAUGCAGCAAAGACAAUGGUUAAGGAUAAAAGGGUUUCGUGCUAAAGAUGCCGGAGUAUACGCUUGUCAAAAUGAAGAAGACGAAAGUAAAGAAAUUAGUGUUACAAUUAAACAUAAACCCGAAAUCGAUGCUGAUAUUGAAGAAUAUCAAUCAGACGAUGUACAGCGACCCAUGCCAGAAAUACUAUCUCAACACUCAGCGCAGUUAGUCGAAAACAACACUAUAGACGAAACACACAAAGAAUACGACGCCAAAGACGACGAUCCUGAUGAAAGAAAUGAAAAGGAGCAUCUGAAUUAUGGUCAUGUUGAUAAUACGAAGUCUAAAUACGAGCCGAGGUUCAAACAUCCACUGAAAAUGUAUAAUAUGGAAAUGAAGCCAGCAGGCAGUUCUAUUCGGUUCAAAUGCGCUGCUGAAGGUAAUCCUAUGCCCAACAUAACGUGGUAUAAAAAUAAUGUUACACCAAUAUCGAGGAGUUACUUCAAACCAUCUUAUGGUAAAUGGUUGAUGUCGUUGGACGAAUUAACCAAAGCUGAUAAUGGAAAUUACACUUGCAAAGUGUGCAAUGAAUUGGGAUGUAUUCAACAUGUUUAUACACUUCAAAUCCAAGAGCAUCUAUACGCAAAACCUGUGUUGACGCAAGCAGCAGUUAAUCAAACGAAACUUGUUGGACAAACAGCGAAAUUCAGUUGCGAAUUUCUCUCAGACCUACAUCCAUCUGUUUACUGGAUGUAUUUUAACACACACGAAUAUAUUUAUAAUGUCUCAUCGUCGGAUGCUGGCAGUAAAGAGCCGGUCGUGUACAGAGACGUUUCUAGAGUUGUUAUGACUGAAAAUCCAGAAGACUUGCCCGAACAGUUGACAAUAUACAACGUUACGAAAGAAGACGAGGGGUGGUACGUCUGUGUAGCUCUCAACUCUUUGGGAAACACGACUGCGAAGGGCUACUUAACAGUUCUUGAUUCGUUUCCUGUACCGGAAGCACUGGAUCACGGGAAACAUACAUUACUAAUAAACAUCUUGACUGCCGUGCUCGGUGCUAUGUUCUUUGUGGCUGCUAUUAUCGUGGUGAUGAUAUUCAAAAAGUUAAAACAGGAGAAGUUAAAAAAACAACUGGCUAUAGAAACAGCACGCGCAGUGAUAGUCACGCAUUGGACGAAGAAAGUAACCGUAGAGAAACCACUGCUGAAUGGAACACAGAAUGUUACUGAAGAGGGUUUGCUGAUGCCAGUAGUGAAGAUCGAGAAACAAAAGCUUUCUCAAGUGCAGAAAAACACUGAGGCAAUGAUGAUGUCAGAAUACGAGUUACCCGUGGACAUAGAUUGGGAAGUGCCAAGGGAGUCAUUGUCUUUGGGCAAGGUUUUGGGAGAGGGAGAGUUUGGGAAGGUCGUGAAGGCAGAUUGUUUGGGCAUACUGAAGCCCGGUGUUCAGUCUGUGGUCGCUGUCAAAAUGCUUAAAGAGGGUCACACAGACGCUGAGAUGAUGGCGCUAGUGUCUGAAAUGGAGAUGAUGAAGAUGAUAGGAAAGCAUGUGAACAUCAUCAACUUGUUAGGAUGCUGUACUCAAGAUGGACCUUUAUACGUCAUAGUGGAAUACGCUCCGAAUGGAAAUCUGAGAGAGUUUUUGAGGAACCACCGACCGGGAAACAGAUAUGAAUCACCAACCGAAGACCUGAAAGAUAAGAAAACGCUUACGCAGAAAGACUUGGUCUCUUUCUCUUAUCAAGUUGCAAGAGGAAUGGAGUAUUUAGCUUCUAGACGGUGUAUCCACCGAGACCUCGCAGCCCGUAAUGUGCUCGUGUCAGACGACUGUGUGCUAAAGAUAGCGGACUUUGGCUUAGCUAAGGACGUGCACAGCAACGACUAUUACCGGAAGAAGACUGAGGGCAGAUUGCCCGUGCGAUGGAUGGCGCCCGAGUCCUUGUACCACAAGGUGUUUACUACGCAGACUGAUGUCUGGUCCUUCGGUGUCCUCCUAUGGGAGAUAAUGACCCUAGGGGGUACCCCAUACCCCACAGUGGCGGGGCAAUACAUGUACCAGCAUCUCAGCGCGGGACAUCGCAUGGAAAAGCCACCAUGCUGUAGUCUGGAAAUUUACAUGUUGAUGCGGGAAUGCUGGUCAUUCUCUCCAGGCGAUAGACCGUCUUUCACUGAACUGGUGGAAGACUUGGAUAAGAUCCUGACGGUGACAGCCAACCAGGAGUAUUUAGACCUGGGACUUCCGCAACUUGACACUCCACCUUCCAGUUAUGACGGCUCCGGAGACGAAAGUGACAGUGAAUUUCCAUUUAUUAAAUAACAUUAAAUGUAUGUGAAAUAUUCUUAUUGCGAAUUCGAUAAAAAUGUUUAAUAUAUAUACUUAAAUUAUAUAUAUA